CUCCCAGCAAAAAUUGAGGUAAACCCGAACAGACAGCGACCCGAACGCCUGCUUUGGCCUCCCACCUUUUCGCUGCACACUUGUGGAGAGGGCUGCGUAAAUCCCACGAUUCAGGCAGAACUCAGUCUGCACUCUGCCAGGCCAGAUGUGCCCCUGGUCACGGCCACCACCGCCAGUUGCCAGCACGACUCUGCGAGUCUGGAAAAGCAACGAAAACUCUGUGAUGUGAAUCCUGCCACCAUCAUCAAUCUCCUGCCCUCCGCAAACGCCAGUCUGGAUAGCCAGCUUAUUCCGCCGCGUAUCGGAGCCCUGCCCGAGGUCUUGCCCAUCUCAUCAGCCCUCCGUUUCGACGCCAGUGCACACUCCGUUUGGCGAGUUGAUGCUGAACAGUUGCGUCUGGCUGCCAGAACUCAACAGCUUCGCCUCACUGGCGAUGACUACUAUAAUCCAGUUAAUGACGUCCUGCCAAGCAACCUUUUUGAGCGUGACUUUACGUUCUCCUUCUGGUUGCGUCGACGACGACAGCAACGACCGGGAGUGAGGGGGUCCACCUUGGAGACCACGGAUCCCAACGAAUACGAGACCGUCCUUUGCAGUCAGGAAGACAGUGGUGAGUUUCUGUUCUUCUGGUUCCCAUUUAUGGCCUUAGAAUGA